AAUACCUAUGAAUAAAUCUGACACAAAGCAAAAUAAAAAAAAUCCCCAAAUAUUUCUGUGUUUCAAUCAUCUUCUUAUUUGCUUUAUCCAAUUUUUAAUGUCCAUUUCUCGUCGGAAUCUCUGCAGCCAAUUCCAUACCCAACCAAAAUGUUCCAGAUCAGCCGCCGCUUCCCGGCGCUGCCGCCCUCGCCGCCGUCGAACACGAGCGAGAAGAAUCUCGACUUCAACGUGGUGAUAGUUCUGGCGGCUCUGCUCUGCGCUCUCGUCGGCGCACUCGCCGUCAACUCCAUUCUCCGGUGCGUGGCGCGGCGGCGAUGGGGCGAACUCAGCCGGGAGUCGGCCGCUCUGGCGGGGGUUAAGAGAAGAGGCGAAUUGGAGGAGAUUCCGGUGGCGGUGUUUGCGGGGGCGGCGGAAGGGAGAAUCAGAGGUACGGAAUGCGCGAUUUGUUUGGGGGAAUUUGAAAUUGGCGACGAUUUGAGGAUUUUGCCCAAUUGCAGCCAUGGAUUCCAUGUGAAUUGUAUCGAUCAUUGGUUCGUCUCCCACUCUUCGUGCCCUAAUUGCCGGCAUUCUCUGCUGCAGAAGACGGCGGAGGAUGGCGGCGGAGGAGAGGUGCGGCGGCCGGAGAAUCCUGAUUCCGGCCAGCUUCCAGGUGAUAUUAUUAUAUUAAUUGCGGCGAUUUGAAGGCUCUGUCUCAAAGCUCUUUGGCUGAUUAGUUAAUUAAGACUUAAAAAGAGUAAUUAGAUGUGUUAAGUUAAAAAAAAAAAAAAAAUCUGAGUUCCAAUAUUUAACCUUUUAUUUUGGUUUAAAGAACUUUUAAAAUUAUUUUACUUUAGUUUCUUCGACUUUCAAAAUAUAUAAAUAGAUUAACGUGAUCUCCAGUAUGUCUCACUGUUAACAUGUCGAUUUGGAUAUGUAUUGAAAUUUAAUAAAUCGGCUAAAAUGAGUAUUUAAGGAGUGAUU